AACUACUUGAAGGCUGUUGUGAUCCCGCUAAAUUCUUUGCCAUGACAAAACAGAAUUCUCCUGUGGGAAAGAAUCUCUGGUUUGAUGGGGAAUUUCUAUACUCCUUAACCAUUGACAACAAAACCUUCUCUCUUUUCCCCAAGGCGACCCCAUUCCGGCUGCCAUUGAAGAAGUGCUCCGUGGUGGGAAACGGCGGGAUUCUGAAGAGGAGCCGCUGUGGCAAACAGAUAGAUCAAGCGGAUUUUGUCAUGCGGUGCAACCUACCGCCUCUCUCCAGUCAAUACACCAGGGACGUUGGGUCCAAGACUCAGCUGGUCACAGCAAACCCCAGCAUAAUUCAGAAAAGGUUUCAGAACCUUCUGUGGUCUCGAAAAGCCUUUGUGGAUAGUGUUAAAGUCUACAACCAGAGCUACAUCUACAUGCCUGCCUUCUCCAUGAAAGGGGGAACGGAGCCGUCGCUCCGGGUUUACUACACCCUAGCAGACAUUGGGGCAAAGCAGACGGUGAUCUUUGCGAACCCCAACUUCCUGCGCGACACCGGCAAGUUCUGGAAGAGCAAAGGAAUUCACGCCAAGCGGCUGUCCACGGGCCUCUUCUUGGUCAGCGCCGCCCUGGGUUUGUGUGAAGAAGUCACCAUUUACGGCUUCUGGCCUUUUUCAAUGGACCUGCAUGGAAAAUUUAUCAGUCAUCAUUACUAUGACAACGUCUUGCCGGAUUCGGGAUUCCACGCGAUGCCGGAGGAAUUCUUACAGCUUUGGUUUCUUCACAAAAACGGAGUGCUGCGGAUGCAGCUGGAACGGUGCGAGGAAUCUGCUGCCUGAGGGCCUCAGAGAAGUUUCGAGAAAAGUGCUUGCUUCAAAUUCUAAAAAAAAAUAAAAUUGCCUGAACAAGGGGUGGGGGGGGAAACCAACCUCGAAUGGAUUGCAUGGACCAUUCUGAUCAUAAUUGCUCAAUUGACAACUUGGAGGGGAAUUGAGGAAGCAGCAGCAUUGCGAAGCGGAGUUCUGUGAGCUUCUUGGUGAACUUUGUUCGGUGGAAUGUUGGAAUUGGGUGUGACUUUGCCCAAGUUGGACUUCCAAGGGCAUUCAAGGGGUUGCCGAUUAUACAAUUAUAAAAAGGGCUUUUAAUGACGGCGCUGAAUACUUCAUUUUGCUCCAGUUUUAAGACUGACGCCUGUGUUGGGUAGACAUCUCUUUUGCUUGUUUGUUUCUAAAGCUACAUUUCGAGAGGUGCCUCGCGUCGCCCGUUUUGGUUUCCCUCCGAGAGUGUCACAAGGAGUCAAACAGUGCCAACUUUCUCUCUUUUUAAAAAUAAUAAUAACGGAGAACUGCUUUCGAUUGUGGCAUUCUACAGCGACACGCUUGUAGCACUCAAAACAGGAAAAUGUUUUUUUAAGAAAAAAAUGUGAAUGUUUUUUAAGCAGAAAAAAAAUAUUUUAUUUUUUAAAAAGUUGCCCGAUUUUUCCACGUGCUGUAGAAUGCAAGUUUGCUAUUUGGUUGUUGAGAUUUGUUCUUGGUCAGAAAACCAACCCAGUUUGUUUCCGCGGUGUCGAUUUGGGUGAAGUUCUGAGUUGGUUUUGUGAUAUUGAUAUGUCGUGAAUCCUAGAAUCCUGUAUGGUAGGUCCAGGGCAGUUGCCCUGUGGUUUUUGUCAUCGCCAAGAUGAGCGAGUUUUGAGAUGUCCAAAAAUUACCUGCUGUGUUUGUUAUACGGACCACAUUCUACAUUCCUUCUCAUUCCAGAGCUUGUCCGCUUGAAGUCAGAGCUGAUGUUUAACCUUUGGGAGGCGACCUUGUGAUUUGUCUUAAGAGAUCCCAAGUUCACUGUCUGGCUCCUGCAGGUCAAAGAUUUUGGGUAGAAGGAUUGAGAAAGACUUUUGCCUGAACCCUUUGAGAGCCAUUUCCAGCCAGAAUAGACAAUAGAUGGACCAAUCACCUGACUCAAUAGGACAGCUUCAUACAUUCAAUAUGGCAGCAAACCAUGUAUCUUGUAUGACUUCAUGUAUGACUUAGGCAGCUCAUAUAACCACUAGUAAAUUAGUAGGGCUGGAAAAGAAACUGGUUUGGGAUGCCAGCUCUAGAUUGGUAAAUGUCUGAAAAUUUCAGGAUGUAGUCUGGGGAGAGAGGGUUUGGGGAGGAACUUCAUUGGGACAUAAUGUCAUAGAGCCCACCCCCCAAAGCAGUCAUUUCCUCUAGUGGCAUUGAUUUCUGUCUUCAGGAGAACUCACCACAAGGUUGGGAGCUAUAACUGCUGGAUCAAACGAUCACUUCUUUUGUGCAGCUUCUUUUGUGCUGUACAUCUCCUUCGAACGAACUUUUUUUCCAGCCCGGGCUACUAUUGCCUCAUUUUGAGCCAUGUUGUAGUGAAUUCUAUUGUUGCUGACCUUUGUGUCAGAUCUGGGUUCUUUAAAACCAAUUACUAUGAAGGGUGUAAUCAUGCUGAGCCCAAGAUUGGCGCCUUCUUGAUAGCAAGAGGUUGUGUGGCGUACCAGUGGAUACAAACUACCGCUAAUGUCCCCUACACGGUUUUAGUCAAAACGAAUGGCAAAAGCUCUUGCAUAUAUAUAUAAAUUUGAUUAUAUAUAA